AUGGAGGACAAGGGCGAGCUGCUGGGGGAUGUGCUGGUGCUUGCGUGCGGCGGUACCAUCGGCCAGCGAGAGGUGGACGGCCGUAUGGUGGUCGUAGUGCCAGCUUCGGACCUGCUGGCCCCGGUUCUUGCCCACGCCUCCAUGUCCGCCCUGUGGACACCGGCAGACUCGGCGGAGCCUGCUGGCGACGGCGCCACGUCAACCGGCGGUGGGCCGCCCAUGGUGGAUGUAUUGAGCGUGGUGGCCCGUAGCGGGGUGUACAUGGGGUGGGACGGGCUGCUGGCUCUUCGAGACGCGGUGGUGACGCACUGCCGCCACUACCGCGCUUUCCUCGUCAUCUGUGGCACCGACAGCAUGGAAGAGGUGGCGUUUGCGUUGGAGCUGCUGAUCGACCCGGCGGCAGACUCGCUGGGCCGACCGGUCGUCGUGACCGGCGCCAUGAAGCCGCACGACGUGCUGGGCUACGACGGCCACGCCAAUCUGCGGGACGCCCUGGCCGUGUGUCUCGACCCCCACGCCCGAGGACUCGGGACGCUGGUGGUGAUGAACGACGCCAUCCACGCGGCGCGCUACGUUCAAAAGCUGGACUCCCAGUUGAUCGGCAGCUUCUCGUCGCUGCCGGCCGGUCCGCUGGGCCAGAUACGCAACGGGCGGCCGCUCCUCUACCACCGCGCCCUCCCGCCCUUCCCGCACCGCCCCGUAGCGGUGGCGGCGGCCUCGAAGGAGCAGAAGCCGUGGCGCCUGCGGGACCGGGUACUGGUGUGGCCCAUCACCCUGGGCUGUGGCGACUUCCUCAUUCCCGACCACCUUCUGCGCACCCUCGACGGGCUGGUGCUGAGCGGCAUGGGCACGGGCACGAUCCCCGAUUCGUACAUCGAACACCUAUCACCCGAGUGGACCAGCAAGUUGGCGAUCGUGAUCGUGUCGCGGUGUCCGCUGGGCCAGAACUACGACGACUUCUACUAUCGGGGCAGCCUCCGCAAGUACACCGACCGCGGCUUCCUCGUGACCGGCUACGAGGACCUCAACCCGCUCCAGGCCCGCCUCAAGCUCAUUGUCGCCCUCUCUCUUUCCUCCAUCACCACCACCGGCCCAGCCUCCGCCUAG